AAAAACAAACGAACAACGUGGGAGCAGACUUCGUACGUAAAAUGCCAGAGUUUUCGGGAAACAGUAAUAUGGAUGAACCAAUAAUUAAGAAAGUUGAUAUUCUGGAAGCUGUGAAGAUAUUGAAAGAUUCUGUUCAAGUUUCUUUUAACGUUAGUAGAAAAAAAUCGCUUCUAGAAGAUGAGAAUCAACAGCCAAUUUUCAUGCAAGUUACUGUAAAAAAAAUUCCACCUCGGAAAACGAUAAAAUUGAUAAAAGUGCCUUUAAAAAAUUCUUUAAUGAAAGAUGAUACUGAAGUCUGCCUUUUUGCUGGAGAUUUGGAUAAAAAGAAUCGUAAAGCAGAAGUGGAACCUGAUGUUUUGCAUUAUAAAAAUUUGUUAAAGGAACAAAAUAUUUCACAGAUUACCGAAGUUAUUACAUUACGCCAGCUACGGACAGAGUUCAAAACAUUUGAAGCUAAAAGACAGUUAAUGGCAGCAUAUGAUGUAUUUUUAGCUGAUUCAAGAAUUGCUGGUGUGUUGCAUAGAUUUCUUGGAAAAGCAUUUUAUAGGAAACGAAAAUUACCUAUUCAAAUUAAUAUCAAAACAGCAAAUUUGAAAGAUCAAGUACAAAAUGCUCUUUCUGCGACUGUUUUUCCUUUCACAAGUCAUGGGAAUUCAUGUACUUCUGAAAUUGCUCAUCUACAGAUGGAAAAUAAGCAAAUUCUUCACAACAUUACUGCAGCUGUGAGAGUUCUAGCACAAAAUAUUCCUGGAAAAUGGCCUAAUAUUUUGGGUAUUUACAUUAAAACUGCAAAAUCAAAAGCUAUCCCAAUAUACAUGUCAUUUGGUAGUGCAAAUGAAGUCUCCAUGCAAAAAGGUCACAAACAAGAGCUUAUUGAAGCUGAAGAGUUAAGUACUUUACCAAACGCCAAAGUAAAAGUGUACCGAGAUGGACAUAUAUUUGUGCAACAGAUGAAUGAUAGUGAUUCAGAAAAUGAGUCUAAGGUAAAGAGUAAACAACCAAGGCAAAAAAAGAGAAAAUUUACCACAAAAAAUGCUUUAUCAAAAGGAAUUAAAAAGAGGAAAAUAUAAACUUUGUAGCAUAUUUAUUAUCCAGUUACAAAUGCAUUCUUGACUGAUUUUUUGUAUUUCAAAAAUAAAUUUAAUUUUAGAAUACAACUAUUCUUUAAACAUUUUUUUAUGCAGUUAAACUGAAAAGCACUGCUUAUCUGACACUGCUCCACUUGUCAGAACUUCUGAUUUGAUUUUUAAAUACUUUUGUACUUUACCUGAUAAGUUUUCUUCAAAGACCUAAGGCUCUUUAAAGACCUAAGAAACAUACUUGCAUUUUACUAAAUUAUGCUUGUAUAGAAAUAUUACUUUUGAAAAAGUAGGGGUAAUUGGGCAGAAUAAUUCAAAACAUUUGAAUGCAGAAUGUCCAGAUACAUAGCUGCCAACUUGUACAAUUGUAUGAUCUUAUGGCAAAUUUGUAUGGUUUUUAUGUUUUUGGUUUAAAUUUUAUGGAAAAUUGCGAACGGUUGAAGUUUCUUUUAACUUCCAGCACUUUUGAGAUGAACCCCUAAAGGCGUGACGUAAACAACCUUGAAAAACACAAAAAAUUGUCUUCUGUUAAUCUCUGUGCUACUCGUCUCCUACAGACUUUCGUUUGAAGCCAACAUUUGGCACGACAUCUCGGUUGGUAAAGCAGUUCAGCGCAGAACGAUACGUUUUGUGGCCAAGUAUCAAGAAAGUACCAACAUGACUGGUGGGGUUUUCCUACGAGGUUCAACUAAAGGGAGUGGCCUAAGCAUAAAUCUCUGACGCGUUACACAUCGCGCAUGAGGCAUUCUGUCUGGCCAUUAUCAUGCACAGCAAUGCGUUUGUUAUGAAAAUUACACAUGGUGUUCGAAAGUUUGCUAUUCAUUUAAGUUAAAAUAUCUAAAGUUAAGAAAUAUGAACAUAUUUCUGGAUUGUUAUUCGAAAGAUUAUUCAGGAAUCCUCAUAUCAGGAAAAGGAUCACACUUUGCAUUUUGCUUAGUUUGCAGUACGGAUAUCAAGAUCGCACAGGAGGAGCUGACGACAUCAGACAUAUUUUCACACAAAAAAAAAAAAAAAAAAAAACAAGACCUGUCAAAAACUACUGUUAAAAGUGCCAUUAUUGGUACAUUUUCCCAAGAAGAUAAGGACUUUGAUGUAAUAAAUGCUGAAUGCCUCUUCACUGCAUUUGUUUUGGAACAUAAUGUACCGAUAGAGUUAACAGAAAUAAAAGUUUAUUUAUUUACUUAUUUUUAAAUUUAUUUAUUAUUAUUACAAAGGCACAGAUCAAGUAAAGGUAAGGAUUUGAAAAUAUUAUAAUACUUUAAAUUUUAAUACCUUGCUUUAUAAUGGUCAAAAAAGCAAAGAAAUUUAACCACCUCUUACAUUGUAAGAUUUUUCAAGUUGGCAGCUAUGCAGAUAAUUAUUUUUAAAAAUCUUAAUUCUAACUGUGGUAUUAAUUUGUUUUGAAACCAUAUUAUCAUCUCAUAUUCUUAAAGAUGCAUGUCUUAAGGGGUGUUAAAUCCAUUUUGACUAUUUUUAGAAAAUCAUAUAAUUUGUAUCCAUGUCGGCGAUUCCGUUGGCUCUUAAUAAUAAAGAUAAUGCCUUUUGCCUCCA